AUGGCUCCUCCGAAACCCUUAUCCACGCUAGAUAUCUUGAUAUGCGCCGAAGAGGAGGAGGAGGAAAAGAGAAGCUACUCCUAUAUUGAAAAGAGAAAUAUGGCAAUAUGGAUCAUUGGGAUAAUGUUUUACAAGCUCGGCCUCGAGACUUUCCAGGGAUCAAUAACAAUUAUCGCGCUGGAGAAAUGGGGAGAUGAAAAGCACCGGAAAUAUGGCCUUCUUAGAGGGCUUGAUCAGCUCUUUCAGUGCGUGGGCAGCAUUCUUAUCGCACCACUAAUUCGCCGCGCCCUUCUAAUGAUCAUUGAUUUUGGUACCCAUGGCCGGAUCAAGACCUCAAUCUCCACAGACCCCACCGACGAAUCCAAAGCCCCACCAUACCUAGGGAGCUUCGAUCCAAAUACACUCUUCCCAAUAAUGUGUUCUAGCGGCCUCGUCUAUGGCAUGAUCGAGCUUAUCCGCCGUAUCAUCCCGCGCGACAUUGUCGGCGGCAACAUCACAAAGCUGCGCAAAAUGGAUGCGCUGGUCCACAUCCUCUACGAGGUCUCAGGCACCCUCAGCGCGCUGCUCUCAUGGCUGCUGGUCUCACGACUGGGGAGUGUGUAUGGGCUUGUGGCGACGCCGGGGUUCUUUGCAUGUGCGGCUAUGGCAUGGCAUUUUCUCGCCCUGCCGUCUCCCCCGAAGAGUACCUCAAGAGCGUCAUAUGCGGUGCAGCUCCUGUAUGGCGUGAAGUACUUCUUCCAGUCCAUAUCGAAGGGGUUUUGCGUGAUCUUUACGAAGCGGGCCUUCAUGUGGCUGCCCGUUGGAUACUCGAUAGCCCUCUACACACACCGCUACAUCGAGAACGGCCUCAUCCCAUUCAUAGCACAGGACAUCUUCCACAACCCGGCCGCAAGCCGCAUCCUCGUCUCGGGCUCCAACCUCGGCGAGCUGAUCGGUGCAGCGUUGGUGUUUGUGCUGGGCGAUAGGAUACCGACGCCUAUGCCAUGGAUUAGGGCCGACGCACUACUUCUCCUCCUCGUCUGGGUGCUGCCGUUCUACCCCGCUCAGGACACCAGUACGGGGGCGCUAUGGCGCCUUGCACCACUUUUUAUACCCAUCUCGUUUGGGUGGGCGGCGGGGGAUGUAAGCCUGGCGGCGUAUAUCCAGAGCGCGCUGGCCGGGGACCGCGAUGAGCAGAGGGAUGAGAAUAUUUCGAAUCUAGGCGCCGUGAUGGCGUUUCUGUAUUCGGUGUAUAUUGUACUUUUUGCGGUACUGGCGCCGGUGCUGGGGAUGGUGGCAGAUAAAGGCGGGGAUGCGAGGGUGACGGUGGUGUGGGUAGGGGGCGUGCAGGUUAGUGUUGUGGCGGCGUUGCUGGUGGGGAGUACGUUUGUGCCGAGAGGGGGAGCGGGGUGGAAUCCGCGUUUGGGGGGAUGA